AUGCUAUCCGAUUCCUUGAAUUGGAAUUUGGUCCAGAUUGUGGAUAAUUCACCAACUGGUCAAGUGAAAUGGGGAUCGAAAGCAAAUGGAACUUGGACUGGUCUUUUAUCUCAUUUGAUAAACGGUACUGCAGAUACAAUUUGCACAACAUAUCAAUAUACUACAGUAAGAAGUCAAGAUUUUGAUUUCUCUUAUCCAUUAACUAAUGUGAGUUAUUUUAUCGAAUCAAGACAAUAAAAAAAGACAUUUCUAGGUACAACCAUUUUUUGUGGCCCGAGCCAAGAAUGAAACAAUAAAUUCAGUUCUUUGGAAUGCUUUCAAACCUUUUAGUUGGGCAGUUUGGGGAACUUUAUUCGCUAGUUUGAUUUUUAAUAUUUUUGUGAUGAUUUUCAUUUCAAAAAUUGAAUGUAUGAUUGCACUUCGACAAAAAUUCCAACCUUUCGAGAUGAUUUGGAAUAUUGUUCAAUUACAGCUCAAUGAAAAAUCUGAUGCAUUUAUUUUCUUCACAAUAUCUGGUAUAAUAAAAUAAUUCUCGGGAAAAGAACCGCAUCUUACCGCAACUGUGGCAGCAUUUGUCGCAGCGCUGCGGCAAUUUGUCGCAGCGCUGCGGCACCGCAACACAUGCGCCGGAGUUGCGCCCAUUUCCGCAACAGUUCACGCAACAGUUGCGAGUUUUGUCGCAACUCCGGCGCAUGUGUUGCAGCAAAAAAAUGCUGCAGCGCUGCGACAAAUUGCCGCAGCGCUGCGACAAAUGCUGCCACAAUUGCGGUUCUUUUCCCGAGAAACGCUAUCAAAAAUUGUGGAUAGAAAACUUUUUUCAGGAAACAUUGUUCUGUUUCUAUUUGCAUUAUUGCAGUCUGGAUUGAUGGUUGAUUUAUACAAAGGAUUACUUUUGACAUCAUUGUUGACUUCAAAUAGAGCGACACCAUUUCAGGUUUUAUUCUAUACUAAAAAGUUUAUCAUAGCUUGUUAUUUUUCAGAACUCAGAUGAAAUGAUCCAACUGAUUGCAGAGAAUAAAUAUCACAUAGUUACAGAUUGGUUGAGUUGGUAUUAUGAUGAUUUGGAACAUUCCAACGUUUCACAUUUUGUCAAACUUCGAGCAGCUGUGAAAAACAAUCCAGUUGUAUGUCGUUAAAUGAAAUCAGGUACCAUCAAAAUUCCAAAUAUUUUUUCUUCAGGUUCAAGUUCGGAGUGUCGAUGAAGCUUUAGAUCUCGUAGAUACUGGAAAAUAUGUGUAUCCAAUGCAGCAAGAUACGUUAUCAUUCCAUAUGUCAAAAGAACGAUGUGGCUAUAUUUAUAUUGGACAAGGUUAGUUAUUUUUGAGUUUCUUAAGAUUCACGUGAAAAAAAAAACAAUUUAUAGGAAUGCCGCAAGUUUUCUCAUAUUUCUUAUUUCCAAAAAACUCAAGUUAUAUUUCGGAAUUCAAUCAACACAUUAUCAAGAAUUAUGAAUUCAUUCAAAGAACAAUCAACAAAUACUUCAUUAGUGGCUAUGAACUAGGAAAGGGUUCCUGUGGAUCAGAUUCCGAAGAUUCGCAUGAAUAUUCAAACAAUCUAGAUUCCAAAAUCAAAAAUAGUGUAUCCCAAAAACCUUUGGAUUUAGAAUCAGUAAUUGGUGUAUUUAUGAUUGGUGCAUUAGGAAUUGGAAUAAGUUUCAUCGCAUUUUUCACAGAAAUUUAUCAUUAUUGGCAUAUGAGAAUAUUAGAAAGACACAUUCGAUUGAAAAAUCAUAUAAACGUUCCCCAUUUGGUGAAAAUUGCACAGUUUCAUUUGAGUUCCAAAGAAAAUCAUAAAAACAUAGAUGUUAUGAAAUUGGUGGAUGUUUUACCAAAAAAACAGAUUUGA